ACCCUUUCUAUUUUCAAGAUUUCUUGAAUCCCAGAAGAACCACAUACCAACAGUAGUAUGAUGUGAGUAAGGUAAAAAAAAUCUUGCGCUUCAUCUCUACGAGUCCAAAAUUUUGAUUUUGCUUCAAGAUCUAGGUUUAAUCGCAUCCUGUUUCUAUCUAUUCAAGUGGGUUUCUUGUAACUUCAACUGUUUAGUAUUUGAAUUGCUUUUUUUAUCGAGUUCAUGAAUUGGGUAUUGAUCCAAGAACACUCUAAUCUAUUAAAAAGCCUUUCUUGAAACUCUACCAAAAAUUGAUGAUUUUUGUAGCAUUUCAUAUCUACUAACAUGCGCAGGAUCAAACCCCUCAUCAAACAAGACCUUUCUUCUUUUUCUCCUCCUGUUCAUCCUCCUCCCACUAAUCAUACUCUACAUUUUGCCAGAAACAUUGUAGUUUUAUUAGGAGUUGCGUUCUUUCUCUGUGUUUUACUUCACUUUCUUGUAAGAUAUCUCAUGAAGAAGAAAAGAUCAUCUUCUUCACCUCCAAAUUCUCUUCAUCAAUCUUCAAGAUUUCAAGAAAGUACCCAUAAUGAUGAUGAUGUUGUAUAUGAAAGACAAUUGCAACAGCUCUUCCAUUUACAUGAUUCUGGCUUAGACCAAGCUUUCAUUGAUGUCCUCCCAGUGUUCUUAUACAAAGAAUUAAUGGGGCUAAAAGAGCCUUUUGAUUGUGCUGUUUGCCUUUGUGAAUUCUCAGAGCUUGACAAUCUUAGGCUGCUUCCUUUAUGCAGCCAUGCUUUUCACAUUCAUUGUAUAGACACUUGGUUGCUCUCAAAUUCAACCUGUCCUUUAUGCAGAGGAACCCUUUUCACCCCUGGAUUUUCUGUUGAAAAUCCAGUCUUUAACUUCCAUUUUGAUGAUUCAAUUGAAGAAGAUGAUCACGUGUUCUUGAAUUCAGGCAUGAUUCAUGAUGGGGUUUCUGGUAAUUUGAAGCAAUCUGGAGGGGGGAUUGAAAAGAGGGUGUAUCCAGUUAGACUUGGCAAGUUUAGAACCACAAAUGGUGAGAAAAGAGAAGAGAAAGAAGUGGGUGAGACUAGCAGUAGCAAUCUCAAUGCAAGAAGGUGUUACUCAAUGGGAUCUUAUGAGUAUGUGGUGGGAAACUCAGAGCUACAAGUGACAUUUUGCCCCAGUAGUAGGGGUAAUAUUGGAAAAAAGGAUGUGGGAAUUGAGAAAGACAAAGAGAACAGCUCAGUGGAUGGGGGUAGUGAUGGAAAGAAAAUUAGUAGUAGAAGCAAAGGUGAGAGCUUUUCUGUUUCCAAGAUUUGGCUCUGGUCAAAGAAAGAUCAACAUAAAUUUCAAGAUUCUUCAGGUACCCAUAUGAUGAAUUCAUCUGUGAAUGUAAGCAUACCAUCAAGAUUAGCAACUAAUUCCCACCAUUAGUUAGGUCAAUGCUUGAGUUAUCUGUACAUCAUGCAGCAGGAGUUGUACACUGGUUUGAAUUUGAAUAUUUUUGGGCCAAAUAACCAUUCAAUUG